AUGAAAGGGAUCGGAUUCUUUUUUCUUCUCCAAAUUGUGCUCAUCGAAGCCGUCCAAGGAUCGAGUGAAUUUCUCUCGUGAGACUCCGACAUAUUCUUUGUGAGCAAAUACUUUAAGAUCCACAAUCAGUCUGGUCGGAAUCGGCGCUUUCACUCUCCUUCUCGGAGCUCUUCUCGUUUACGCCUGUCUGGCCGACGUGAAGCACUGGCGAAAAAGCAUCGACGGACGGGCGCAACUCGCGUUUCCGACGGCCGAGUUGGCAGAAUUCCAGCUUCCGCCGAUUCACGAUUACGCGGAGAAUCUGGUGACGCCGUUGGAGCCGGAUACGACGAAAAAGACGGAAACGACGCAGAUGGAACGGACGCAGAACGAGAAGACACUGCGGAUUGUGCGAGGUUGCGAACUGGGAAAGAGAGAUUGAAUCGAUUGAGUAUUUCAGCCAUGUACACGUCGUCGAACAGAGAUGUCCCUGAAGCCGUCCAACACGUGAAUCUCUUUCAGUCUCUCGUCCAAUACAGUCAUUUUGCAGAGUCUCCAAUCGAAAGGACCCAAUCGUUUUGCGAAGGCGUCCACCGUUUUGAGCACUAUUUCGGAGACGAAUAGCGAGAAGGAAGAACAAUCGUCAAAGAGAUCCCCUGAAUCGCAAUCUAGAAAAUAA